GUUUCUUCUUGUAAAAAUUAUGUCUCUCCACAAUAUGCUUCCAACAUGCAGUACGUGGCUUAAAUAUUUCCCUACGACAUAUCUUACACAUCAUAACUCAUGUCGGAAAGUCACCGGGACUUUGUUCGGUCACCGGAGAGGCCACGUCAGCUUCGCUAUUCAAGAUAAUUCCACGUCAUCGGAACCGAGUCUUUUGAUUGAAUUUGCCAUGUCAACUACCACUUUAGUCAAAGACAUGUCAUCGCCACUUGUUCGUAUUGCGCUCGAAUGCGAAAAAAGGCCACGUGGCAGCAAGCAAGUGAGGCUCUCCCGAGAACCUAGUUGGAAUAUGUAUUGUAACGGAAGGAAGUGUGGGGACGCGCUUUUGCGCGCGUGCACUGACUCAGACCGACACGUGUUGCACACCGUACGGAAUGUGUCGGUCGGGGCUGGAGUGAUUCCGUUGGUGGGUGAUGGACGGAUGGGUGGUGAGUCAGAAGGUGAAUUGAUGUUUUUUAGAGCUAAUUUUGAACGAGUUGUAGGGAAUCGUGACUCAGAAGCUUUUUAUAUGACGAAUCUUGAUGGAACUGGAGGACCCGAACUUAGUAUAUUUCUUUUAAGGACUUGAAAAAAAAAGAAAAAAAUAGAAUCCAUUUUUGUUUCAUUAUGCAUGUUUUCAUUUGUUGAAUAAAUUUAGCUCAUCUUGAUGUUUGU